UUACUGUCUGGCCGGCAGGUCGAGCGCAGCGGCCGCUCUCACCGGGAUGGCUUCGGAUGAAUUGGCCGCGAAGCUGCAGCGGCGGCUGGACAUCGGGGACGGGCAGCCUGGCUCGGAGCCCGAGCCCGAUCCCGAUCCCGAGCCCGAGUCCGAGUCCGGCUCAGGUUGUGAACAGGGGGCCGAGGAGAAGCCGGUGACCGCGGCGGCGGACAAUGAGCUCUCAGCCAAGCUGCUCCGCCGCGGGGAGCUCAAUGAUGGCUCAUCCGAGCCGCAGCAGCCGAGCCUCCGGGUCUUUAACCCGUACACCGAGUUCAAGGAGUUCUCCCGCAGGCAGAUCCGAGACAUGGAGAGCAUGUUCCGGCGGUACGAUGCUGGGAAGGACGGAUUCAUUGACCUGAUGGAACUGAAACUGAUGAUGGAGAAACUGGAAGCUCCACAGACUCACCUCGGACUGAAGAAUAUGAUCAAGGAGGUGGACGAGGAUUUUGAUGGAAAACUCAGCUUCCGAGAGUUCCUGCUGAUUUUCCGAAAGGCGGCUGCAGGAGAGUUGGCUGAAGACAGUGGUUUGCAUGUUCUGGCCCAGCUGUCCGAGAUCGAUGUCUCCACGGAGGGAGUGAAAGGAGCCAAAACCUUCUUUGAAGCCAAAGUUCAGGCGAUCAACAAUGCGAAUCGAUUUGAGCAGGAGAUCAAAGAGGAGCAGGAGGAGAAGAAGAAGCAGGCCGAGCAGAAAAGACAGAAGCAAGCAGCCUUCAAGGAGCUGCAGUCAGCUUUCAAGUAAAGCCAUACUACCCCACUGAGAAUGCAUGGCUGGCUGGG